AUGCGCGGACAACGGCAGCAAGGUGGUGUGGCUUUGGGACGGUUGCUGGACAUCGGCAGAUCGGCGGCACGGCUGGACAUCGCGUGGGGAGGGGUGUCUCGGUCGUGUGAAGCUUUGGCCGAGACUCUCCUCUCUUCUUCUCUAUAUUUUUUGAAACUUUCUGAGCGUACCUUCAGGCGUGAACUUUUUCUAACGACAAAGGACGACGAAUGCAGCAAAUAUACUAGACUGAGCUAUAAUACUCCCAGAAUAUAUGAUCCGAAGCGUGUCAAUCCAUGGUUAACAGAUGUAACUCAUACCGGACUAUCGAGCAACAAGAAGCAAGCAGUUGAAGCUGCAAUCCACAGGCCAGAUUUUCUGCAGUGGAGUGUUUACCCAUUGAACAAACCCUCCAAUUAUCAGUCAACGCAAGGUUAUGCCUCAGUUAACUCUCACAAUCUCGGAAAAAUCCUAAAGGAAAAAGUAGAUCACGUUUGUGAUUCUGAAAUUGUGGUGUCUGCGCCGAUAAGCAACUUUUUGAGUAAGGCCGAUGACGGAAGAUUGUUGAGGAGCUUUGGCUGUAACAAGUACUAUAGCAACUUCUUGUCUUUGGGUAGUCCGUGUCAGAUUAAGGAUGGGAAUAACACACCGGUGGAUGGGAUUCACAAUGAAAGAUUAGACCUGAAUCUCACCUUAGGUCGCAACUAUGAGAAGAAGAGAGAUAAAAUUGUUACUGGCAGAGCUGAAGAAGGACCUUCGGAACAUGCAUUUGGCAUGGCUGUUGCUGAUAAGAAAGCCAUUGCUGAUAGCAAGGCCAUUUUAGACUAUUCAAACUAUGCUCAUUUCUCAGGAGCAACUAGCCAGACAAACACCGUUGAGCCGACUGCUCAUCAAAAUAACAUACCGGUGGAUGUGAUUUGCAACAGUCGACAGAAUGGGCAUCGAACCUUAGGUUGCAACGAUAAGGAAAAAGGAAAUUUCGUUGUUUCUGGAGGAGUUAAGGCCACUGCCAAUGAUGAGGCAAAGCUAAACAAUCAAAACUCUGCUCAAUCCUCGAGGGCAACUAUUCAAGGGGGAAUAGUUGAGCCAAAUGCUCAUCCUUCUUCGGAAAGCAAUUCAAAUCCUGGAGAUAAUGUGAAAGAAACGAAAGCUCAUAAUAAAAAGAAGCCAAAGGCGGCUAGUGACCCUCGCCCAAAUUUAUAUCCGUCAUCCGUCCUUAGUCUAUUAUCAACUGGAAUAUUUGAUGGGGCCCUGGUGAAGUACAUUUGCGAGAGUCGUGAUUUAAUUCUUCACGGUGUGAUAAAAGGGCCAAAGAUUCGUUGCAGCUGCGACGAAUGCCACAACUCUGAAUACAUUGGUCUCUGCAAAUUUGAACUCCAUGCCGGAGGGAAGAGCAAGAGGCCGACUAGUCACAUCUUUUUGGAGAAUGGCAAGACCCUCUAUGAUGUUUUUCAUGAGCUGAAGGACGCUUCGGAGGAUAAGCUUUUUGAUGCGAUUCAGCAAAUCGCAGGUUCCGCUGUUAAUCAGCCAAACUUCCGCAUUUGGAAAGGUUCUAGCAGUCUCGACGAAUCUCUCGAGCUCUCAGCGUGUAACAAACUAACAAUUAUCAGUUCUAGAUGCUUUAGACCAGCUACCAGUGUUCGUCAAGCGAAGAACCAGCAAGCAACAAGAGAAUCACAGUACCACCAACACCCCUAUGGUGUCCCUGCAGUCCUUUGUGCAUCGAAGCUUCAUGACGCGGCCCUGCAUGACGAGUUCCUUACCUUCAUCGCGAACAGGCCUUCUACUGGUCGUCCUUUGGUCUGA